CCCAGUGCCCGCUGUUCCGCCAGUUGACUCGAUGCCCGCUGUUCCGCCAGACGACUCGGUGCCCGCCGCUUCGUCUGGGGGCCCUAGACCUGUUGCUCCGCCUGAGGGCCCGAGACCUGUCGCUCCAUCUGGGGGUCCGGCGCCCGCCGCUCCGCCUGAGGGCCCGAGACCUGUCGCUCCAUCUGGGGGUCCGGCGCCCGCCGCUCCGCCUGAGGGCCCGAGACCUGUCGCUCCAUCUGGGGGUCCGGCGCCCGCCGCUCCGCCUGAGGGCCCGAGACCUGUCGCUCCAUCUGGGGGUCUGGCGCCCGCCGCUCCGCCUGAGGGCCCGAGACCUGUAGUUCCGCCUGGGGGUCCGGUGCCCCGCCUGGGGGCCCGCUCCCCCGCCCGGGGGCCCGCCCGAUGUGCCUCUGCCCGGAGUCCAGCCCGAUGUGCCUCUGCCCGGAGUCCAGCCCGAUGUGCCUCUGCCCGGAGUCCAGCCCGA